AUGGCUUCUGGUUAUGGCGCAAAUUCAGGCGUCUCGCGGUGCUUUUCCUUCUGGCAAGAAUAUAUGGCGUGCUAUGUCAUCAAUCAAAACGACCAAGUAGCAAGGCAGCAAGGCGUUUGCUUGCCGCGACUGGAAGACUACUAUGAGUGCUUGCAUCAUAAAAAGGAGUAUGCUCGCGCCCUAGCCAUGCAGGAUGCCCUGCGAAAAGCUGAAGCUGCGCAUCCUCGAGAAAACGCCCCGAAGAUCGAUCAGAUUCGAAGUCUGGGCCUGAUAGGCAAAGAGGCAGAAACAAAGACUAUACUAGGCUUAUAG